UGAAAAAAAUUUAAAAACUAGUGUCUAAUAAAUACUGAAAGUGUUUCGUGCGGUUUACAUUUCUGUCUGCACCUCAAUAUCAUAUGAAGCGUUAGGAUCUCUGAGACGGGAACUCCAGGAAGACGGAAGAUCAACAACAUCUGAGGACAUCUAUUCUUUUUUAGUUCUACGAGACAAUAAAAAAAAUAAAGAAAAUGGAUACCAAAAUGGAUGCGCGUGGCCAGGGCCAGAGCCAAUUUCCGGCUUCGUUUCCGGAUACGUUUAAGAAUUUCUUUGAAUUGAUGAAUGAAGAUGAGGAUCACUGCGAACUCUUUGCCAAUCUGCUGGAGGAUAAGGUAAUUCCACGCAACAGUAUUACAAUGAAUGCCCAGCGGCAACGCUGCGGCGGCAGCCUGCGCAGCCACCAUGUUGGCCGUUCCAAUUCACAUUUUCAGCAGGCGCCAUCGCAGCGUCGACAACAGAUUCUUUUACAGGGGGGACCUCCCCGCAGCCGUAGCGGCAGCAGUGGUGACAUGACAUUAACGAUGACCAUGACCAUGGCUGACGGUCAGUCAUCGUCUGUUGUCAGCCCUGGAAAUGGUCAUCGGUUCAUGGAAUACACCGGGGGUCGUUCCGCUUCUUAUCGCUUGAAUCGUGCGCGUCGCAGCUCUCUGAGCUCUAGCGCAACCGGCAUUAAUCGCGUCGGUUUCUGUGGACUUGGCUCCACCAGCUGCUCGAGCAGCAGCAGCAGCCUAAUCAAUGUAGACGACGAGCCACAACAGAAUCUCGAAGUUGACAUGCAGCAGCAGCUGCAACACUUGCGUCUCGGCCCCGACGGGGAGGACAACAAUGUCGGCCGUUUGGCGAGCAACUUUAUCAUACCUCGACGCUUGUCCGACGGCGCCAGAGAUCGACAGCCGCCGCGCCACUCGAUCAUCCUCGAGCGGGCCUUUGAUUUUGACACCAGCUGUGACGAGAGCGAUAUACCCAGCUCCAGCACGCCAGGGCCUGUGCCCUCGCCGGCCCCGCAUCAGCUGGCCUACAAUGUGCUCAAGCCCAUACUGAAGCAGCCGCAGCCGCACCAACAGCAGCAGCUUAUGCCGCAGCAACAUCUGCAGCAUCAACAGCAGAUGCACCCAAUGCAGCCACAGCAGUAUUCCCCGCUCCCGCAGCAUUCCCAGCUCCCGCAGCCUCCGCCGUAUUCCCAGCUUCCGCAGCUUCCACAGCAUUCGCAGCAGAUAAUGCCGCAGCAUCCAGGUACAUCGGGACAUGGGCACGUACAUCGGCUACUGCCGACGCCGCCGACACAUGGGGGAUUGGGCGCCUACCAUACGCGGGAGUCGGCGCUGCAGCGCGUCCAGCAGCAGAGCGGCAUGGGCAGUCACGGCAAUUUGUACGGCAAUGCAGCGAGCGGCUCCAGCACCAGCUCCAUGCCCGCCUACGGCUAUAAUGUGCAGCAGCCACAGCAGCAACAUCUGGCAGCUGGCUAUAAUAUGCCAUAUAAUUGGGAACGGGAGCGGGAACGGGAGUGGGAGCUAGAGCAGGAGCAGGAGCAGGAAUGGACCGACGAGCCGAGCACAUCGACGCAAGCAACACGCAGUAGCUAUGGGGACUAUCUGAAUGCAAUGGCCGGUUCAGGACCGCCGGGACCGGGCCUGGCUCCAGGCUCUAGUCGUCCGAGCACGCGAGCACAGAUGUCGCCCAUUUUAAAUAGACGUCGCUCCUCAACGAUUGCGGCCAACAGCAUGCUGCUGCAUGCCGAUCCCGGCCACGGUCGCAACAGUAUCGCCGGUGCCGAGGAUCAGCAGCGUGGCGGUCACAGUAACAGUAACAGAGUUCCACAACUAAGUUUACCGACAGCCCAGCCGAAACAUUGGCAAUGUAAACACCAAUAUUCUGCCAACCCGAUUUUGAAUGCAAACGCAAUUUACUAUAAACCAUCAACUGUCCGGCCAUCGACUAUCAACCGUGGUGGGUCGUCGACUAUGUGCGCUGUGCUUUCUAAUUACAGGGAGCGCGCCUGCCUAGCCAAAUCGCCGCUCGGGCGUGGCGGCAUUGAGAGCUGCACCGUGCUCACCUUCCAGCAGGCAAUGUCAGGCGCAGUGUCGCCACAAUAUGCAGCAGCCGGAGCCGUAGGAGGAGGAGGAGGAGGAGUCGCGUCCAACGGGCAGUUGCCAGUCAAUGAGCUGGACAAAUGCCUGUUGGGCUCCAGCAGCGCGCUGGCGGCUGUCGCCGAGGACACAACAACCAGUGGACCCGAUGCCACCGACUCUCCGACAGCCGAUUCCAGCGACUUCCUGGGCUCAUCUUUGCCAAAAGCAAAGAUUUCACAGCAACAACAACAACAACAGCAACAACAGCAACAACAACAACACAGCAGCCAGCACCGAGAACGGGGCGUCGGAGAAUCUGCAGCCGGACCUUCAGCUGGAGCCGGCGCCACAGCACAACAACUGGCAGCUCAUGGCAGUUCCGCAAACUUUGCGGCUGUCCAGUAUGGCAACCGCAUGGCGGAACGCCAGCGUCUGAGAACCUCCAGCAUGCCAGCAGAGGGUCGUAAGCCGCGAUUGGCCGAGACGCGUCGGUCGGCUAUUCACUGUGGCCCGGAUGCGGAUGUGGACUAUUAUCGUUUGCGCAGCUUUAGCAUAACCUCGCAUGGCGUUUGCAAUCUGGGCGAUUCUUUACGCAGUCGCAGGUCACGUUCGAUCAAUUCGGUGACAUCGGCGGGCACCGGCAACUCCCACAGCGCUGCGGAUCGUCACAACAGCAAUGCCUCGGGCGACAUUGCCGAGGGCGACCAUUCGCACAUUCCGGCAUAUAAAAUCGCCAUGCUAGGCGGAUCCGGCGUGGGCAAGACAACGUUAACAUAUCAGUUCACAACCUCGGACUACAUAUGCGCCUACGAUUUGAGUCUGGAUGAUGACUACGGCCGGAAAACGGUCUCCGUGCUGGUCGACAACAUUGAGACGGACCUGGAAAUGAUUGAUCAUCCGGCCUGUGAGAUGUCGACUGAGGCUUUCUGCGCCACAUACAACAUUGAUCUGUUUGUGGUGGUCUAUUCGGUUGUGGAUCGGGGCACCUUCAAGGCAGCCGAAAAGGUGCUGACCUACCUGAAGGAGAACGACAUGCUUUUGACUCGCGGCGCCAUUCUGGUUGGCAACAAGACGGACCUGGAGCGUCAUCGCGAGGUAUCGCGUCAAGUCGGCCGCAAGCUGGCCAAGGAAAUUGCCUGCAAAUUCAUUGAGACCUCCUCGGGACUGGACCAUAACGUGGACGAGCUGCUGGUGGGCAUUGUCGCCCAGGUGAAGCUCAAUCCGCAGCGCAUCCGGCUGCUCAGCGACUCGGAACGGCAGCGUCUCAAUAUGCAGAGCACAAUACAGAAUCAUCGGCACAUGCAUUUGCCGGCCCGACGCAUGGUGCGCCAGAUGAGCAUGUGCCGCAGCGAGGAUGACGACGGCAGCGAUGAGGAUCUGGGCAUGGAGCCGAGCACCUCCGCUGCGGCGCGCAGCCAACAGGUGCGCCGGGCAAACCGGCGCGCCCUCAACCUGGAGAACAUCCUGCGGAUGGGCGAGAGCGAGCUGGACGAUGAGGACAGCAGCGACUCGCACCGACCGCGUGCCUCUGGCAGCGCACUCAGCAAGUUCGAGCAGCUGGCCGCGGGCAUCCGCAAGCGUCGAGCCCGGUCCAACUUCAACGAGAAUGGGCCAUCCACCUCGGCGGCGGCCGCGGCAGCCGCUGCAGCCGCAGCAGCUAGACGCCACUCGAGCGCAGCUCUCGAUGGAGUCCUCGACUUCGAGGACGACGACGACGACGACGUCGACGACGAUGAUGCUGAUGACGAUGAUGACGAUGAUGACUCUAACGGGGUCACCGAUUGCAACCGAAAGGUGGUCACCAAGCUGACGACUCGGACGCGAAUCUUUCUGGCCACCGUGUUGCGCUUCAAGAGGAACUUGAAGAGGCGCAACUCCUCCAGCUGCAGCGAUUUGUUUGUCAUCUAAAAGAAGUGAGUGUCCAACUGAGGUAUAGACUGAUUGUAUAUUGAGGGAACCAAACCAUAGAGCGGGACAGCUGGAGCAGAUCGGAGGAAACAACGAUGGAGCCGGGUCAAAUCAAAAUCAGAAUGUGGCUUAGCCACGCAAAUAAGUAUAUAUCCUAAAUAUGACUUCAAAAAAUACUAAAUACUAGGUUAAGCUAAUAUGACUAAACAAAAAAUACUAAUCUAAAUACUAAUUAGAUUAAGC